AUGAAAGUCGCAGAGAUCUUGUCCGAUCUGACGUCUUUACGUGCUUGUGACUACAAUGAUGCGCUCAACCUUGUCACUGUCAACGAAAGAUUAAUGCCUACUCAGACAGCGACACAGCCGGUACGAGCAGACGCAGCGAACGACCACCUCCGAAUUGCGUCUGAGCUUGUGGAAUUGCAGUAUGAGAUGAGGACAACCCACAAGGACGGCAGAGUAGAUGAUCAGCUGCGCCGUGCGAGGGAGGAAGUAAACCGUGUGUUGCGUGAAUUGGCAGCUACUCCAACACGCUGA